AGAACUUGUAUUGCAAGAUUAAGGAGUGGUUCGCAGCAUCAAGCACAAUGCUUUCCGAUCUGCACGCAACGCGCGCAAAUGGUGCUCCCCCGCUUUCUAACUUUGCAAGGGAAUAUGCGCAAUCGCUUGAUGCGCAGGACCCUCUACGUCACUUCCGACAGGAAUUCCUCAUCCCCUCGAAAAGUGAUCUGAAGAGGAAGACCUUGGCUCUACCCAAUGAUUAUAACGAGGAGGCUGAGGAAAGAUCCAUCUAUCUCUGUGGAAACUCCCUCGGAGUCCAGCCCCGCAAUGUUCGCAAGUACAUUGACCACUAUCUGCGAGCGUGGGCCAUUAAGGGUGUGACGGGGCAUUUUGUACCGCAUGAUGACCAGCUGCUUCCACCCUUUGUCGACGUUGACGAGGCGGGAUCGAAGUUGAUGGCGCCGGUUGUUGGAGCUCACCCUGAAGAGGUUGCCGUAAUGGGUACACUGACAGCGAACCUGCACCUGCUGAUGGCGAGUUUCUACAAGCCCACUAAGGAGCGAUACAAGAUCAUCAUCGAGGGCAAGGCAUUUCCAAGUGAUCAUUAUGCCGUUGAGUCUCAGAUCAAGCACCACGGUCUUCGCCCAGAAGACGCCAUGGUUCUCAUCGAGCCACAAGACUCCAAAUUUCCCACCUUGUCCACCGAGCAAAUUCUUCGUGUCAUCGAUGAGCACGCCUCGAAUACUGCUAUAAUUCUUCUCUCUGCUAUCCAAUUCUAUACCGGGCAGUAUUUCGACAUAGAGAAGAUCACCGCGUAUGCCCAGUCGAAGGGCAUCUUGGUUGGCUGGGACUGCGCCCACGCGGCAGGCAACGUGGACCUGCGAUUGCAUGACUGGAACGUGGACUUUGCUGCAUGGUGUACCUAUAAGUACCUCAACAGCGGUCCUGGCUGUAUGGCGGCCCUUUUUGUCCACGAGAAGCAUGGCCAAGUCGACAAGGAUAAGAUUGGCACGGCAGAGCAACCCUUCCGCCCGCGGUUGUCAGGUUGGUGGGGAGGAGACAAGCAGGCGCGAUUUAUGAUGGAAAACAACUUCGUUCCUCAGACAGGUGCCGCAGGUUACCAGCUCUCGAACCCGUCGGUUCUAGAUACAAGUGCGCUUGCGGCCUCCCUCGAACUUUUCAACCGGACCUCGAUGGCGCAGAUCCGUGAGAAGUCCCUGCAAAUAACGGCAUACUUGGAACAACUCCUCCUGAAGUACCCGCUCGAGUCACUUCCGGAGAGACCGUUCGACAUAAUCACACCCUCGAACCCAGCAGAGCGGGGUGCUCAACUCAGUCUGCGCUUGGCGCCAGGUCUUCUCGACGGCGUUCUCGAGAUCCUGGAAGAGCACGCUGUUGUUAUUGAUGAACGGAAGCCAGACGUGAUUCGAGUGGCGCCUGCGCCUCUGUAUAACUCGUACGUUGAUGUUUGGGAGUUUUGCCAGGUCUUCCUGAGGGCCUGUCAGCAGGCUUUGGACGCCCGUAAGUGAACAUAUGACCUGUAUAUCUGUAAACCGAACAGCAAAACCGCACAACGACCAAAUACUUUGAUCCUUUUGUCCAUGCAAUCGCCCGUGGCCCAUGGGAUCCCUGAGCCAACGUCAAUUUCUGGAAAAGUUUCUGGGACAAAGAUAAUUAUAUAAUGCAAAUAUAC